AUGAAGGAAGGAAUCACGGAUUUGAAGAGUGAUAUGCUUGCGUCCAUGAGUGAUGAGAAAAUGAUUGAUUGUCAUUUGAUUGGAACCGAUGGGGGAGUGGGAAUUCCCUGCAGCAAGUUUGUUUUAGCGACUCGUUCCGAGGUGUUCAAGAAUAUGUUUUAUUCGGGUUUCCUCGAACAGCACGCUGAUCGGGCUCCUAUUGCUUACCCUUCCAAGAUAAUUCAGAUUAUUGUCAUGUAUUGCUAUUCCGACCAGGUAAAUCUGGACUCUAUUCCUGACGACAAAGGAUUGACGGAUCAACAAGUUACGCUGCUCGUUCAGUUACGAGACGCUGCAAGGUUCUUUGGCUUAGGCAAAAUACAGCAAAGUGUCGAGGAGCAGGUUGCAGAGUUCGUCUUCCGAAAUAAGAUCGGGGCUGAACACGUUUGUUCCUUUUUGGAAGAAAUCAUGGCUCCUGGUGAAGAGGACGGGCCAUUUUGGGAGAUACUCUUCCAGUUUGUUCUCAUGAAGCCAGAAGAAUGCCUCCAUCUUGACCAUGGCGUAAUGAAAUGUCAUCCACGCUUGCUUGCAAGAUUGCUUGAAAAGAUCACCGACACCAGUAUUGUAGCUCGGUGUCUCUACGCUUGGUCCGCUCAAGAAAGCAAGGAGGAAGCAUCAGCCAGCACGGAUCAGGAAAAGGAGAUGCUCCUAGCUGUUGCCCGCCGGAUCGACUUGAAACAGCUUUCCACAAAAGAGUUAUCCUCGAUCGGGCAUUGCCUUGCAUUUUCAAAGGAUCGGAUGCUAGAAGCAUACGAACAUCAUGGCAGGAUUUCACAACCUCAACCCUUCCAACCCUUUCGAACGCCUACCUUUUCCUCGCCAAAAGCUACGGUGUAUGUCGCGGGUGCUGGAGUAGCCGGUUUAAACGGAUUGUACAUGCAGUGCAAAAACGAUAAACAGAGAUUUGUGAAAGAUGGAAUCUACGGUGGCCUCCGAAGCGAGUUUGAGAUUAAAUAUCAUUCAGCCGAUAACAAAUGGUGUAUCUCAGUGCUACCAAAGACCGAGACAAGUUGUCCGCUACAAAUGUAUCAAGCAUUCGAAAAGCCAGCUGGUGACAAAUCCCACGAAAUCAAAAUACCAUUUAAUCACUGGGUAGGUUUGGAAGGUGCCAAACCAGCACCUUACACGGCCAUAAUUCAGCCUCCAAAUCACUUCCAACCGCCACUAUCAACUUGGGGAACAGUUUCAUUUUCUACCGGGGUUUCAUCAACUGCACCAGAUCCUCAGCCUCAGCAACGUCCACCCUUCCCACCUCUCCGCCGUCGAGGUACAAGAAGAUUUAGGUAG